GCGUACUUAUCAGCUCAGCAGUCAAAUUUUCAAACUUGAACAAGGUUCUAUGUCAGUCACCAAUUAUUUUGCUACUCUGAAGGGGCUGUGGGAUGAGUUUGACUACUACCGGAUGGAAAACUGGAGUUCCACUGAUGAUCAUCAGAGAUAUUUAAAGCUUCUGGAAAAAGACAGAAUUAUUAAAUUUUUGGAUGGACUUAAUGCAGAGUUUGAAAACUUAAAAGGGAAAAUCCUUGGUCUUGAUCCUACUCCCUCUCUAGAACAAGUUUACUACAAAAUUCUCAGUGAAGAAGGUAGAAGAAGGACGAUGAACAACAAGGGGAUUUCCACGAUAAGCCCUCCGAUUGGGGAGACCUCUGUCUUUAUUGGUUCUGCAAACAAGUUCCGACCUGGGGGAACUAAAGGACGAGGAGACAGAUUUUGUCGGCACUGCAAGAGGACUAAUCAUGAUUCAGAUUUCUGUUGGGAAAAAUAUCCAGAAAAGAAACCUGAAAAAUUUAAACAUAAUGCUAAGAAGGCUCCUAAUAGUGGUAAUAUUGCUAUCCAAAAGUUAGAAAAUGAAGAGAUUAUUGGUUCCUCUGUGCCUUCUACCACUGUAUUGUCUUCUACCGAUAUUGUUAACCUCCAGCAUCUUCUCUCUCGGCUUCAGGCUUCAUCUUCUGUCUCUACUCCAGUUCAAGCGCACACAGGAGAAAGUGAUCAUUGCAGAUGGAACCAAAGCCACUGUUGCUGGCAAAGGUUCCAUAAAACUUACAGAUCAUUUUUUUCUAUCCUCUGCACUUCACGUUCCUUCCAUUUCUAUUAAUUUACUUUCUGUUAGUAGCAUUACUAAACAACUACACUGCUCCGUAACCUUUUUUCCUGAUCAUUGUGUCUUCCAGGAUCUCGAGACCAAGCAGACGAUUGGGACUGGCCGUGAAGUAGGGGGUCUUUAUUAUUAUCAGCUUGAAUCAACAUCUGCUCUGAAAUCUGCAGCCAAGUGUUUGGAAAAUAAGCAUCAAGAAAUUCUUUUAUGACAUUCUCGGUUAGGUCAUUUGUCUUUUCAGUCUUUGGAAAUUUUAUUUCCUAGUCUCUUCUUUUCUGUUCCUCUUCAGUCAUUUCAAUGUGAAAUCUGUCAGUUAUCCAAACAUUGUAGAACCCAUUUUUCUGAGUCUAUAAAGAAGAGUUUGUCUCCAUUUGAUCUUGUUCAUUCGGAUGUGUGGGGGCCCUCUCCUGUGACUUCGUUGGAUGGCUAUCGAUAUUUUCUUUCUUUUAUUGAUGACUACACCCACUGUACAUGGCUUUAUUUGAUGAAAACUAGGGAAGA